AUGCUACAUUUCUUUUUUUUUUUUGCAGCCCGAGAGUUAAAUGAGUCCAGUUUGAAUUCUAUCUAUCUAUCUAUCUAUCUAUCUAUCUAUCUAUCUAUCUAUCUAUCUAUCUAUCUAUCUCAGUCUGUACAUAGUUCUCUCAGUCUAUACAUAUAUAUCCCCUCCCUCUCUCUUUAUAUUCUGCCAGACUGUACCAAUGUCUCCUCUCUCUCUCUCUUUGUCUCUAUCUAUCUAUCUAUCUAUCUAUCUAUCUAUCUAUCUAUCUAUCUAUCUGAGUAUGUUCAAUAUCUAUCUAUCUAUCUAUCUAUCUAUCUGAGUAUUUUCAGUAUCUAUCUAUCUGAGUAUUUUCAGUAUCUAUCUAUCUAUCUAUCUAUCUAUCUAUCUAUCUCAGUCUAUUUAUAUCUAUCUUCGCCUCGUGUCGUAGUAGUGACCCCCUCACAGAACUCUUCCUUCGGUGAACGAACUCUUUUUCUCUCUCUUUCUUUUCUCUCAGACUGUCUUCGAAGGGCCAUACUUACUCGAUCCCGAUGCUUCUUAUUUAUUUUCUUUAAUUAUCUCUACACAGAUCCCAACUCCGUACCCUUUCCUGUUACCCUGGCUCCAGCACAUUUUACAUUUGACUUGGGGCGAAACGGGACGGGUGAGAAGCAAUCAGUGGAUUUCACUUAUGACACCGCAGGGGGUCUGGUCGCCAUAACCUUUGCCAGGUCCUUCACUGAAGAUAUUUUGAUUUUCUUUGGCACCCCCGAUAUUGCUAACACAACAAGCGUUGAUGUUUAG